AUUUACAGAGAUGGAGGAUAAGCAAUUGGCGAAAUUUUGAGAACUGCCUGUAUCAACACAGACAGGCAGACACACACACAACUGGAAGAAAUCUGUUAUUUGUCUGUGUCAAUAUAUACCCAUCCUGAAAGAUUGGGCUUGGGGGUUGGGGGGCGUCUCUAGCACGCUACAAAGGCUGUGCAUGAGUUGCGUCUUUCCACAAUGUCAGCUUUAUUCAUUCAGAAAGCAGGUUUACAGAAUUUUGAUUUUGGUGUAGGAUUCCAUAUUGAAUGACAUUUCACUACCCGUUUAACUUGGCUUCACAUACGCCACAUAAGAAAUACAAAGUCACACAAUAAACGAGAUACAGGGUAAGAAGUUAAAAGAACCAAACGCCAAGUCAGUCAGUGAAACUCAGUCUGGUAGGGGUCAGCUGGGUGCUUACGGCUUAUUUUGUUCACGCAGUGGAAGGGUCUCUUGUAGAGAUUAGCCGGCAGCUUGCCUUUCGAAUGCAGUCAGGCAUAGAAGAAGAGUCAGCGUCUGGAGAAUCUGACAGUUUGCUCCACAAGUCGUUCCUUUUAAAGGAGUUUAAUUGAUCUUUAGCCUUCCAGACCUUCUGGUUCUAGUGAUUAUCAGCUCCUGGUUCUUCCAGGCAUUCCUGGCCUUGCUGACCAUCCGUUCUUGGUACCAGCUGCAGGCUUGGAUUUUAGCUGUACCUAGUCUCUCCCCGCCCUCGACGGCCUCCCUGAUUCAUUACGUCACCGCUGGAAAAGAGCGAUUCCACGAAGCUUCCGCUGGGCUAACCCGGCGCCUCCCUAACUCUGACGCCUCGGAGGGCGGGGCUUGGCCCGGCGGAGAGCUGGUCCCCGAGCUGCGGCCUAACCAGACGCGGGCACGUCCCCGCCUCUCGCAGCUGCCGGAGGCGGGGGCGCGGGGAGCCAGGCUCGGGGCGCCGGCGGUUGCACUGACAGAGGCCGGCGGGGAGAGCGCCAUGAGGGCGGACUCGGGGCUUCGGCUGGAGGCCCUCCCGCGUCCUCCACGAGCCCUUCCACCUGUGCCAAGUGCUAAUCAAGGUGAUAUUCCACUUAGUCGUCCUAAGAAAAAGAAGCCCAAAACAAAGAAUAUACCAGGUAGUGCUUCUUUGGAAGGCCUUGUUCAGACUGCUGUUCACAGGCCAUCUGACAGCAGUGAGGCACCAACUAAAGAAUCCACAGAGCAUCCAGAAGAAGCUCCUGUUCAUAGGAGACAGAAGAGGUCGAGGCUGCCUCUUGAAUUGGAGACUUCCUUAACCCAAAAGAAGACUUCAUCUUUAUUACGAAAUGAAAAUGGUAUUGAUGUGGAGCCGGCUGAAGAGACAGUUAUUCAAAAACCUCGAAGGAAGACAAAGAAAACCCAACCAGCAGAAUUACAGUAUGCCAAUGAACUAGGCGUUGAAGAUGAAGACAUAAUUACUGAUGAGCGAAGUGGCCCAGAACAACAGUCCGUAUUCACUGCACCCACUGGGGUUAGCCAGCCUGUAGACAAAGUGUUCGUGGAAAAAAGCCGGCGAUUCCAGGCUGCUGAUCGUUCAGAAUUGAUAAAGACCACAGAAAAUAUAGAGGUGUCGAUGGACAUGAAGCUUUCCUGGACGACCAGAGAUGUCGCACUCUCUGUCCACCGGGCCUUCAGGAUGAUUGGUCUCUUCUCUCACGGCUUCUUGGCUGGCUGUGCUGUGUGGAACAUUGUUUUCAUAUAUGUCCUAGCAGGAGAUCAGCUUUCUGACCUCUCCAAUCUUCUGCAACAGUACAAGUCCUUAGCAUAUCCAUUCCAGAGUCUUCUCUACUUGCUUUUAGCUCUAAGUACAGUUUCAACUUUUGACAGGAUCAACUUUGCUAAAACAUCAGUAGCGAUCCGAAAUUUCCUUGCCCUGGAUCCAACAGCUUUAGCAUCUUUCUUGUACUUUACUGCUCUUAUAUUAUCUCUGAGUCAGCAAAUGACAAGUGACAGAAUCCAUCUUUACACACCUUCUUCUGUUAAUGGUAGCCUCUGGGCAGCAGGUGUUGAGGAACAGGUUCUCCAGCCGUGGAUUGUGGUGAAUCUGGUGGUGGCCCUUCUGGUUGGACUCUCUUGGCUUUUUUUGUCUUAUAGACCAGGCAUGGAUCUUAGCGAAGAGUUGAUGUUCUCUUCUGAUGUGGAAGAAUAUCCUGAAAAUGAUAAAGGACUCAAAGCCUCUUCGUAACACCAGCUCACCUGCAGUGUAGUAAUGGCCCAGUAUUUAGAAUUUUUCUUAUUCUUGUUUUUAAGUGUAUUUUUGUAAGAUAUGUACAGGUAUAUUUGGAAUUGAUCUUUUGAUUAUAUAGUACUGAAAAUUUUCUCAAGAUUAUGGAAAAUGUUAAAACUUGAGUCUGCAACUCAUAACCAAACAUUAAUCUCUCUAGCAUUAUCGUCUUAAUGAGAAAGGAGGUAAUGAGCUAGAAACCAGCAGGUGAGGUGUUUAUUUCCUGUUUCUCAAAUUAGUUGCAUUUAUAAUCAUUAUCUUAAAAAGCUCUACUACAGAAACAGCCAUUACUUUAGUGUUACAAAAUAUACAUCAGGUUUAAAAAUAAAAUUUAGGGACUAGGAUAGAAGAGGGCAAGAGACCUUUAUUUUUAAUGUCUCCUUACUGAAUAAAUUAAAAUACGAAAUUUAUCUUUUUUCAGAUUGGCUUGGUGGUUGUGGUUAUGUAUCAUGUAAUAAGUAUAAUGUAAUUCAGCUUGAAAGAUGCUUUACUUCAUGACUAAUAAAAAGAAAAUGUACCUUU